GACAUUCUUCAACAACCCGACGCUCCUUCACAUCCUCUCCCGCAAGUGCAAAUCCGCGUCAAUUGUGCUCCAUGGCGUCGAUCGCUGCGGCAUGUAGGCUGUCCGCGCGCGCUGCGUCCCAGCAGCUUAGGAGCCAUGGCUCUCGCAGAGCAUUCCACAAGGGACAGGCCUCGCUCGCAGCGCAGAACUUCAACAUGCCCGCGCUCUCGCCGACCAUGACCGAGGGCAAUAUCGCGAAGUGGAAGAUCAAGGAAGGCGAAUCUUUCGUCGCCGGAGAUGUUCUACUUGAGAUCGAGACAGACAAGGCACAGAUGGACGUGGAGGCUCAGGACGACGGUGUUUUGGCGAAGAUUCUGAUUGGCGAUGGUUCAAAGGCAGUUCAAGUUGGCGCUCGGAUAGCAGUCACGGCAGAACCAGGCGACGACGUCAGCUCGCUCGAGCUUCCCGCAGAGGACAGCAAGCCCUCCAAGCCCGAGGCGUCCAAGGAGGAAGCCAGAUCAGCAUCAGCACCAGCUCCUAAGAAGGACGCUUCUGCUCCGGCGCCUAAGUCUGGCUCUUUAGGCACUUCCAAAGCCUCGGUUGGCAAAGCUCAGAAGCAGACGUACCCGUUAUACCCUUCCGUGCAGCACUUGCUGAAGGAGAACGGACUCCCGAACGAGGAGGCGGACAAGAUUCCCGCGUCAGGUCCGAACGGAAGGUUGUUGAAGGGUGACGUGCUGGCGUACCUUGGAAAGAUUAGCGAGUCUGCCGGAUCAGAGGUCGCCGCACGGUUGAAAUCACUUUCACACCUGGACCUGUCCAACAUCAAGGUCAUGGCGCAGAGCCCGAAGGCAGCGCCGGAGAAGGCAGCCGCAGCUCCCGAGCCCGAAGUCAUUGAAGAGGUGGAUGUCGAGAUUGCGCUGCCGAUCUCGCUCAAGGCCGUCACUGAGGUUCAACAGCGUGUGCAGAAGUCUAUCGGCGUAUUCCUGCCUCUCUCAACCUUCAUCGCUCGCGCUGCUGAGCUCGCAAACGAGGACCUUCCUCGCUCCCAAGUAGCCAAGCCCUCUGCUGACGAUCUCUUCAACGCGGUGCUUGGUCUGGACAAGGCUGCGGCGAAGUACUCUCGCGGCAACUUUAUACCUGAGGUUACUGCACUGCCUCCCACCACCUUGAGCCCUAGGGCACCUGCUAAGAAGCCGGAUGUUUUGGAUUUCCUCGCCGGAAAGAAGGCAGCCGCGCCGAAGGCAGCUGUCGGUGGAGCGGCGCAGGUCGUUGGCCCGUUGAACGUCUUCAGCGUAAGCGUGCCCAAGGGCGACGAGCGACGAGGACGCGUCUUCCUCGAGCGCGUUAAGAGCGUUUUGGAAGCCGAGCCAGGACGUCUGGUCGUAUAAAUACCCAGCCGCCGGCCCUGUAAUUGCUUGUACAAGGAUACUAUAUUGGCACGUUAUAGAUAGCACUUGAAUCACCCUUUCUUGUUCGACAU